CUUACAUCAUGGUCUCUUUCGUUGCUGCCUAUUGAUAGUACUACUUUUCACAACAGUUCGCUGCUGCAAGCGAGCAAUUGCAAGUGGUCGGCGUUUGGUAAAAAAAAUGUUGUCGAGAUUGGCUCUUCGUAAUGCACAGCUACCCAUAGCUAUAUGUGGAACGCAAAGUGCUUCUUCCGCGGCAGCAAGUCCUCCUCGUCCUAAACGGUUGAUUGAUCCAUCUCCAGUAAGACAUGGAUUUAUACCUGAGGAAUGGUUUCAGGCUUUUUAUCCUAAAACUGGUGCAUCAGGACCAUAUGCUUUUGCUGUGACCGUGGGCACUUAUUUGUGUUCUAAGGAAAUUUAUGUUAUGGAACAUGAAUUUUAUAACGGCAUCUCUUUGUUUAUAAUAUGUGUAUUUGUUGUGAAGAAAUUUGGUCCAAAGACAGCAGAGUUUUUGGACAAAAAAAUAGAUGAAUACGAGGCUGAGCUUAAUGAAUCGAGAAACAGUGAAAUAGCUGCAUACGAAGAAGUUAUUGAGAAUGAGAAAAAAGAACAGCUCGGUUUAGAUGGACAAAAAAUGAUAUUUGACAUUAAGAAAGAGAAUGUUAAGAUACAAUUGGAAGCAAUUUACAGAGAACGCUUGGCUCAGGUUUACCAAGAGAUAAAGAGGCGUCUUGACUACCAAGUUCAAAUACAAAAUCUUGAGCGCAGACUUGCGCAAAAACACAUGGUUCAAUGGAUUGUGGAUGGGGUAUUAAAAGCCAUCACUCCUGAGCAAGAGAAAGCAACUCUCCAACAGUGCAUCAAAGAUCUUGAAGGUCUUGCUGCAAAGUCAUAAAAUGUCUCGCGGCUUUGAAUUAGAUAAAAUAGAAAUAUAAAUCAUACUAAAAGAAGCUGUCUGUAAAAUGGAGCAUCAAUUAGGAAGGUUAAUAAAAAAUAAUUUUUUUUCUCA